CUCAAAGCGAUCGGGCUCGCCAAAGUAGAAGAAUCGUCUGUUCACGAAAAGCGCAGCUUUCUCUCUAGUGCUGGUUGCCUAAUUUGUCCCACUUUGGUUAAAUUUCAGUAACACAAUCUUUUCUUUAGCGCAACACACUUUUCGCAUAACAAUAAAAUGGACACUGCAUCGGACAAGAUCAUUUCUAAAAUACGAAUGCUUACGCAAAUACGAUUAAAAAAAGGAUACACGUCUUCACCCGACCUCGAAUCGAAAUUCUUACCAAACGCAUUUAUUCCAAUUGAUCAACUCGAAAGUCACGCCGCGAAAUUCAGCUCGAUUCAAGUGGGCAAAAAGCCAAGCGACGACUGGUGUACCGUAGGCGUUAUUGAUCGACUCAAAGUGCAAGAAGACAACAAAAAAUUCUGUGUGGCACGCAUAAGCAACAUGUGCGGUUCCUAUUUCCACCUAUUUAUCUUUGGCAAAGCAUACGCGAAAUAUAAAAAAGAUCUUGAGGUGGCACGUGUCGUUGGCGUUUUUAAACCCAAGGUUGCCCGGUCUUCGGAUGUCAAAGCAGAUGUCGCGGUCUCCGUUGACAGCAAGGACCAGCUGCUCAUGAUCGGUGAAAGCGAGGAUUUGAUACAGUGCUCACACAUGAUCUUGAAGAAUAAACAGUGUCAAGUCAUGCUGGAUGGCCGGUCAGGGACCUUAUGCGAUCAUCAUAUCGCAAUGGCUUGUAAAUCAUCCAAGAAUACGCGCAUGGAGCUUGCGUCAGGGUACGUUAGACGAGAGGGGUGGGGGUGGCGGGUUAUUUUCACGUAGUGUUGGGGAGUCGUGUGCGUUAUACUUCUUUCGUUCUGUCUAGGGAGUGACAGCGCUCUUGAGGUUCGGUGGGCAAAGGUAUCGUCGUC